AAAAAGCGUGUUCGCUUUCCAUUGACUGCCGACUUUUCCCGCAGUUUGCUCUGCAUUUAUUUGUCUUAUAGUAUUCGUUUUUGGUGGCGCUUCCUAAUCUCUCUCUUUCAUUUCGCUGCUUACUUCGUGAAUCUUGAAUUGGAUUGCGGAGUUUUCCUCAGAUCGGGUGCUGGGAUAGGCUUUCUUUUUCUGGGGGAUAAGAUAAGCUUCUUCUUGGUUGAUUCUUUUAGCAGUCUCUUUCAAACUAUGGAUUCGUAUCUGGGUUUCUAUUGCUUGGAUUCAUGGGUGUGAUGUUUCUGGAUUUCUGGGGGCGCAGUGAUCCAGGUUGGCUCCUUAUGAUCCAUUAAGUUUACAGAAAUUUGAAUUUGGAUUCGAGACAUUCUUAUUGAGGGAUUUAAGGAUUGAUGGAGCCUAAAGUUGGAGGCAAAAGACAACAAUUUUAUGGUGCUGGAACAUCCAGUGGACUUGGGAAGAAAGGCCUGGAAUGGGAUUUGAACGGCUGGAAAUGGGAUGGUAAUCACUGUGUGGCUACUCCUUUGAAUUAUGUUUCAGAAGACCGCUGGAACAAGCAACUGAUGUCUGCUCCAGCUGCCAGAGGGCUUUCCAACGGCUCAUCCUUUUGCCCUGAAGAGACUGAUUUGGGAAUCACUGGGAAAGGGAAAGCAGAACUUGAGAAGCGGAGGAGGGUUACGGUGGCAGCUGAUGAUGAGCCUUCUGAUGGAUCUCUUACUCUAAAGCUUGGAGGACAUGCCUCUGAAUUGGUUGAGGCAGACGUUGCAAACUGGGAAGGGAAGAAUGGAAACAGGAGCAAGUUGGCCGGGGGAAAUUCUAGCCGCUCCUCUUGCCAGGUGGAGGGUUGUGGUGCUGACCUGAGCAAUGCCAAAGACUACCAUAGACGACACAAAGUUUGUGAGAUGCACUCCAAGACCAGUAUGGCAAUUGUCGGAAAUGUUAUGCAGCGUUUCUGCCAGCAAUGUAGUAGGUUUCACCUUCUUCAAGAAUUUGAUGAAGGAAAGAGAAGUUGUCGUCGACGUUUGGCUGGCCAUAAUCUAAGGAGGAGAAAAACCAAUCCCGAUGCCAACACGGCUGUAGGUUCUUUGAAUGACAAUCAUGCCAGUAGCUUUCUAUUGAUAAGUCUACUAAGAGUGCUGGCCAAUUUACAAUCUGAUAGCUCUGGCCAAUCAAAAGAUCAGGACCUUCUGACUCAUCUUUUGAGGAACCUUGCAAAUCUUGCUGGUUCAUCUGAUGCAAGAAAUCUUCCUGGACUCCCGCAGGCAUCUCAAGAUCUGCACAAAUUUGGAAUUUCUGCUGGGACAUCAUCAGAAGCAGGCAAUGUUUUACAUGGCAAUGGUCUUGUUGUUCAAGAAUCCUCCAGGCCCUUGUCUUUACCUUCUAAAGUAGCUUGUACCACUGGGUUUCCAGUUCCUUCUAUGAGACCUCUUGAUCAUUCAGCUUCUGCUGUGGCUUCAGUGGAGAUACAUUUAGAAAAGAAUAUUGCUGAAGCUUCUCUUGGUGAGACUGCACUGACAAUUCCUGCUCCAUGUUCUGCAACCUUGGUGCCUGUAGAAGAUGUCCUGUCUGUGAAAGCACAGGAUCUAUGCUCAUCGCAGAGUAUUCUGCAUGCAGAAUCUAUAUUGGAGAGAGAUAGGAUAAAGGACUUUGAUUUAAACGUGUAUAGUGAUGAACAAGAUGGUGAAGAAGCAUGUGAUCUCCCAAUUGCCCUUGCAACUCAGGCUACAGGUUCCCCUAAUUGCCCUUCUUGGAUGCCGCAGCAAUCAAGUCCAAAUCAGACAAGUCAUAAUUCGGAUUCAUCAUCAGUACAAUCACUGAGUUCUAAUAGAGAUAUUCAGAGUCGAACAGAUAGAAUUGUGUUUAAACUCUUUGGCAAAAAUCCAAAUGAUGUUCCUCUUGUCUUACAAACACAGAUUUUCAACUGGUUAUCACAUAGUCCUACUGAUAUGGAGAGUUAUAUUAGACCUGGUUGUAUCAUUCUAACAGUUUAUCUUCGCCUAGCUGAGUCUCUGUGGGAGGAGCUUUCCCAUGAUCUGAAUUCCAGCCUGAACAGGCUUUUAUGUAUUUCCCAUGAUGACUUUUGGAGAACAGGAUGGGUAUAUGCUAGGGUACCACAUCGUAUGGCCUUUAUAUACAACGGUCAGGUUGUGCUAGACACACCCUUGCCUCUUCGAAGUCCUAAUCCUUGUAACAUCUUGUGCAUCACACCUAUUGCUGCUGCUGUUUCUGCAAAGGUUAACUUCACAGUGAAAUGCUUUAAUCUAGCGCUUUCUGCUUCGAGGUUACUUUGUGCGUUUGAGGGUGAGUAUUUGGUCCAAGAAGCAACACAAAAUUUUCUGGGGGGUUCUAAUACUGGCAAGGAGCAUGAAGGGUGCCAGAGCUUCAGCUUCCAUUGCUCCCUUCCUAGAGCAAUGGGGAGAGGAUUUAUUGAGGUUGAAGAUGAUGGUCUUAGCAGUGCCUCCUUUCCCUUCAUAGUUGCAGAAGAGGAUAUGUGCUCUGAAAUCUGUAUGCUAGAGAGUGCAAUCAAUGUGUCCUCAUGUGGUGACCUCUUGGAUGAUAGAAUGGAUGCAAUAAAUGCCAGGAAUCAGGCAAUGGACUUUUUACAGGAAAUGGGGUGGCUUCUCCGAAGGAGUCACUUAAGGUCUAAAUCUGAACAGUAUUCUUGCUCAAAUGUCUUUUCCAUGACACGUUUCAGGUGGCUCAUGUCAUUUGCCCUGAAUCGUGAGUGGUGUGCUGUUGUCAAGAAACUUCUAGAUAUAUUAUUUCAAGGAAACAUAGAUUUAGGUGGGCAGUCUCCUGUUCAGUUUGCCUUGUCAGAAGAUCUCCUUCACAGGGCUGUUAGGAGAAAGUCAAAGCCAAUGGUGGAACUCCUACUAAGAUACAAACUAAAUACAGCUACAGAGAAGACGGGUCCUGAUAGCUUCUUGUUUGGACCUGCCAUGCUUGGACCCUCAAAUAUAACGCCUCUUCACAUAGCAGCUACCAUUAGUGGAGCUGAGAGACUAUUAGAUGCAUUGACUGAUGAUCCUGGACAGUUGGGAAUCAGAGCAUGGAGUAGUGUUCAUGACAGCACUGGUUUCACUCCUGAAGACUAUGCCCGUUCCAGAGGCCACAUAUCCUACAUACAAUUGGUUCGAAAGAAAAUUAGUGAUAAACCAGACAAAGGUCAUGUGGUCCUUCACAUCAAUGGCAAUGAUGAUGCCACUUACAAGCAAGCAGGACCAUGUUCUGGUAAACCAAGCGGCUUUCAGAUUGAUAAGAGCAAAAUCAAACCAGCGCCACCUCCAUAUUGCAAGCGCUGCAAUCAGCAGCUGGCUUACAGUAGAUCCAUGAGCAGCUCAUUGUUGUACAGACCUGCAAUGCUUGCAAUGGUGGGCAUUGCUGCGGUCUGUGUCUGUGUGGCUUUGCUGUUCAAAGGCCCACCAGAGGUUCUGCUUGUCUACCCUCCGUUCAGGUGGGAACUGCUGGACUAUGGUUAUAUCUGAGUCUGAAGCAUUGUGCAUCUAAAAGAAAUUGCUGCAAUUCUAAUGAUGGAUCAGGUUCGUGGUGCAGCAUUUACGGUGUAUAUGACUGUGUUUUUCCUACAGGAAACAUAACUAAUUCUGUGUAAUAUAUUCUGUUGUUUAUUACGGACAAUCUUAUUCUUUUCAAGGGAUCAGAACCAUUUGUUUCUCAA